AUGUAUUCUAGCGAAAAGGAGAAGGAAGCUCCCGAAACGCUUACUUCCCUACCGGCUAAUGCGGAGGAGCAACAAAGAGAGCGAGAUGACAACCAUUCAGCAUCGGCGCAGGGGGAGGAGGAUAAGAACCAAGACAAUACACCCGUUGCCCUCCUUCACCUACGGCAGAACUUUGGUGUGUUGACUCGUGUGCUGGAACGGGAGGUGUUUCGGCGUGGCCUCAUAAACAGUACUGUGGAGGACAUGUACUCAGCAUUUUCUGGGGCAUCUGUGGUACUCGUGGAUAUUCUUAGAAGCGAGGUCGAGCCGCGCUUGCUGCGCUCGCAAUUGGGUGACAUGCUCUACUCCAAUCUGGAGCUUAGCUACGGUGCCGAGCAUGCAAGAAUGCUUGCAACCGUUAUAGGGAGUUCCCUGGACGACGUCUACUUGUUUCAUGCCAUCUGCUCACCGUCGGCUCUGGAGGCAUUGGUACACCAGGCUCAGGAACUUAUAAACCCCCCGUCGAAUCGCACGGGCGGCUCCAACACCUACAGCGACGGCGCUCGUGGUGCCGUUCAAUCGCAGUCGUACGGAAACGCUGUAGGACUCGCGCGACCAUCGUUUACUGAGUUUGGCAAGGAACGCAGGGGCGAAGUUCAGCCCACUGUCGAAGCCAAAUUGCCGCGGGUCUCCAACACAUAUGCGGAUGGAGCAGCACCGGCAGGAAUGAAUCAGCCGGAGGAGGAGGUGAUUCCGUCGGUCACUACCGGUGGGUGGUCUAACGCUCAGAGGAAGCACGUGGAGGCUGAGCGGGAGGUGCUUCCUCAUCAUGCUCAUCACCAUCAGCUUCGAGCCCGUCUGCCAGUGAAUCAGUUCACUGCCCCACAACGGCCACAGGUUCCUAGUGUGCCUCACCACCAUCACCACCAUCACCAUCACCAUCAUGUCGUAGUAGGAACUGGGCCAGUUGGAUUGCAGCAGCAGGAUCGGCAUCAUCAGCAGCUUGAGAACCCACAGAACGAUGCGUUCCCACGGAUUCCUGUGGCGACGGGGCUGCCGAAACGACCAGUCGACCGCGUUUUGCAUCAGCAGAGUUUACAGGGCCACGAUGAAGCUUCACACCAGCGCGGGGCAUGGCGUGGUAUGGGUCCGUCACCGACCCCCCAGCAGGGUGCAGCGGGCGUGUCGCAGCCGAAUUAUAACGUACGUAACAACUCACCGCCGGUGCCAUCGCAUGUUAAUCACAAUCAACAUCCACAUCAUAUAGGGCCCACAGGCUCUCCGACGAGUGCAAGGGUAAUUGCACCUCAGCGACACAACGCGAAUCAGUAUAUUCAGCACCCCACCAUGACGAAGCAACCGAUACCGCAACCAACACCGUCGAUGGCGUCUCAACAGCCCUCGCCUCAAAUCAGUGCGAUGAACACCACCGCCCCUGCGACUCCUGCUGUCGGUGCGGUGUCACCUCCUCCGCCGAGCGCGCAGCGGCCGCUACCGCACCACCAUCACCACUUGCAUCUAAUUCAGCACCACCAGCAGAGUCAACAGAAUCAACAACAGCAGCAGCAGCCUCACCACCACCACCACCAUCACCACCACAUACACCACCAUCACCACGACGUUAUGCAGCAGCAACCAAUUGUGCCCCCGUCGCCUCCGCCACCGCAACCCUCUUACAACGUGAAGCAAGAGCAUACCGCUGCACCUGAAACUAAACCGAUGGCACACAAUGCGGAAGCGGCUCCGGCGCAAAUAAAACCCCUUCACCACCACAACGUCUCCUUCCAUCCGACGAAAUUACCUCAGCAGCCGCCACCUCAGCCGAGCGCACCGUCUUCUGUGGGUGGAGAGGCAACGCAUCAAGUACCGAUUGUUCCGGCGCAUCACCAUUCGAUAUUUCAUGCGCAGCAUGUGGCCCCUGUGCACCAUCACCAUCACCACCAUCAUCAUCAUCAUCAUCACCAUCACCAUCACCUUCAGCAGCCGCCACACCGUUAUACGUCGUCACCGGCGUCUGCACCGAUGUCUGUUGACAUGAUGAAUGAUGAGAUGACUUGGGCCUUGUCGAGUGCUAACUUGUCGCCACCACCUGCCUCAGAGCUGCGGCGCCUUCUUCGCGAACGGAAUGUACCGGAAUCGAUUGUUAAUAGCGUUUUGGAGGCGGGCAUAAAAAAGGAGGAGCUACUAACGAUGUCGAGGGAGAUGUACGAUGAACGUUUAAGGACGUAUCUGGGGUCUCAGCAAUCUCAAACGCUUUGGGCCGCUCUACAUUCCAACGAGAAGUCGCAGCAUGAUAGGGAUGGUCAUGAGAUGAAUGAUUUGCGCAGCUUUAUCAGCAAUAAUUCCAUCCAAAACAACAUCGCACAGGAGGCGGAGGAUGAGAACGGCAGCUCCAAGCGUGGCCGCGCAGCAAAACCAGCUCUGCAGGUCCCACAACCUAGGACGACGCAAAGUAGGCAGCAACAACAGCAACAGCAGCAGCAGCAGCAAUCCAACAAAGGUGUGGAGCAUAGAAUGAUUCUCUGGCUUUCAGGUGUGAGUAGCUCGGAAGUGAACCAAGUGCUAAAGGAAGUGGGGAAGUAUGGUAAGGUUGUGAAGCAUGGCGUAUCUCAGGAUAAGAGUGACAUGAUGUACUUCAAGCUAAAGGACUGCAAGGGGGACCUCAGUGGGAUGCAGAAAAUAGGGAAUUACAUCGUAGAGGAGUGCCAUCGCGUGCCUCCUGGUGAAGCGGGUGAUGGGACGCCGCCAGCACGCGGACCCCGACCUGAGGAGGCGGAAGAAGAUGGUACUAACAAACUACGAGCUAAACCAAAUGAGGCGGCAUCUCCAUACCCUCAACAGCAGACCCGUCCAACGUCCGCGCGGCAGCAGGGACCCGCAGGGAGCCAAGUGGAUGAACAUGAGGAGGAUGGCAACUUGGAAGAUAGCCGCACACACCGUAAAGGCAUGCGUAAUAUUAGAGGUCGCGGUCGGGGCGCCAACCACGGAUAUCACACCCACCGACACAGCGAGGGCACCGGCCAAGUGAUGUGCAGGUACUUUAAUAAGGGUGCCUGCAAGUAUGGGGAACAGUGCCCCUUCCAGCACCCCUCAAAGCAUCCGGGUCGUUCGUGA